AUGGCCACCGAGUUGACCGUCCAGUCGGAGCGUGCUUUCCAGAAGCAGCCUCACAUCUUCCUCAACCAGAAGACCAAGGCGAAGAGCAAGAAGGUCGGCCAGGCCCGGAGAUGGUACAAGGACGUUGGUCUGGGUUUCCGUACCCCCAAGACCGCCAUUGAGGGCAGCUACAUCGACAAGAAGUGCCCCUUCACCGGUCUCGUCUCCAUCCGUGGUCGUAUCCUCACCGGCCGUGUCGUCUCCACCAAGAUGCACCGUACCAUCAUCAUCCGCCGUGAAUACCUCCACUACGUCCCCAAGUACAACCGUUACGAGAAGCGCCACAAGAACCUCGCUGCUCACGUCUCCCCCGCUUUCCGUGUUGAGGAGGGUGACUGGGUCACCGUCGGCCAGUGCCGUCCUCUGAGCAAGACUGUCCGCUUCAACACCCUCCGUGUUCUUCCCCGCACCGGCAAGGCUGUCAAGGCUUUCAGCAAGUUCUAA